UGGGGGAGUGUCAAAGAGAUGGAUAGUUUCUUGUCGAUUGUGUCAUUUUUAUUAUUCUUCGGAAUUUUUUGUGAAUCUAGAGAAAUACCUUUGACGAUAAAUGAUAAUGAGAGAUUUGCUCCCGUGUGUUCGCUCAACAUCAACAACCAGCUGCCAAGCCCGCAGCCUUUGAUCCUCAUUCCUGGAACAGAAGAGUUCCGUUACCCAGCGUCAGGUAAUAGGCUGUUGGAGUUCAAUCCCGGCGAAACUGUAGAACUCGCCUGCAGCAAUGGGUUCAACUUGGCACCAGACACAAACACGAUCACCGUAUCCUGUGUCAUAGAUACGAUUUUCAACUUCAAAAGCACUAUGUACCAAUUCAGUGACUUCUCGUGCAGACAACUUUUCUAUAGCAGUGGUCGACGGACGUAUGAACCAUGCGAGGAAAAUGCGUCGAUCAUCGAAAUCGGAUUUUACGUCGGAUCCCGUUUCCCCAAAAUCAUGAGCAUCUGCCACAAUGAAGAGACCUUCGAGAACCACUGGAUCAAACAUGAAAUGGGUCCUGCCAAUGCUGGGCAUCAGUCUGGCAAUCCACGACCUAAUUGGUACCAAGGUGAUUUCCAUCCAGGAAUUCAGGCCAACUACCUCUACACUGCCAACAAACAACGAGAAACUAUCGCUGAAAUCCUACAGUCCCAAGAACUUGCUGAUAACCUUGUUCGUGAUACCAAUUCGGGAGUUUACAUGGCUCGAGGUCACAUCGCUGCCCGCGCAGACUUCAUAUAUGGCACCCACCAGAACGCCACGUUCUGGUUUUUAGUAGCUGCUCCGCAAUGGCAAAAUUUCAACGAUGGAAACUGGCUGCGCAUUGAAGAGCAGGUUCGCGUCUUACUUGGUGUCCGGAACCUUCACCUCACCGUCUACGGAGGCACGUACGGAGCCCAUACUCAGACCGAUGUGAAUGGCGAUCAGCAACCAAUCUAUUUAGACUAUGAACCGAAUGGAGUCCAACGUUUGCCAGCGCCAAGGAUCUUCUACAAAGUAUUGCAUGACGAAAGGAACAACGCUGGUAUCGCACUAGUGGGAGUGAACGAUAUCCACAUAACCUCAAUGGAGCAGAUCGAAGAGAAUUAUCUGUUCUGCGAGGAUAUCGGUGACAAGGUUAGCUGGAUCGACUGGGAUAGGAGAAAUUUCGCGAAAGGAUUUGCUUACGCAUGUGAAGUCAAUCCAUUCCUGAAGAGAAUCGGUCACCUCGCACAUCUGGAUAUACCGAACUUGUUGCUGUAAACUUUGUAAUCAAUAAAAUGUAUUACUAAAACAAUGCAGAGAAGUUUUAAAAAUAGGACAGAUAUUUUUUAAUUCCUUUCUUUAUUUGUAUAC